AUGACAGUGACGUUCAAUGUUGGCGAGAGUAAAGAAGCCAGUUGCAAUAGUCGCUCAACAGGCGGAUGGCCUGAUGGCGGCGAUGCAGGUGACGAUACAGAAUGGUUUAAGACCCCAGACGAUUAUUCCGGAAGUGGGGGUGGAUCUUCUGAAGUUAAAGUUGCAAAUACUGAUAUUACCAUCAUGCUUGCGGGCGGCGGCUCAGGAGGCUGUGACAAACAUAAAGGAGGCCCUGCUGGUGGAAUUGGGUAUCAUCUUGGAUGGACUAGCAAUACAAAUGUAGUUCGAAUUGAAGAAAGCGGCUCUUCGAGAACAGGAGGUAAAGGAGUAGAUUCAGACUAUAUACCAGGAGCUGGUGGGGGCGGUGGAUGGCGUGGAGGCCCAGGAGGUAGAUGGGCUGACACAAGUCCUUGGAAAGCUUGUGGCUACGGCGGUUCUUCAUUCAUUAACAACUCCAUAGUUACAAGCCCUGUGAUUUAUGAUGGUACAGAAACACAAUACACUGGAGAUGGAUGUUUUUCUGUUGAAACUGUGUAUAAUUGUACCUCCAAUUGUUAUUCUUGCUCCAGCAGUUUUAUUUGUGAUCAAUGCAUCCAAGGAACAAAGAUGUACAACGGAAGAUGCUACGGACCAUGCGAUCAAACUACAGAUGCGACAUAUGAUACAGGUCGCGGUACUUGCGAGCGAUGUGACAGCAGCUGUAAGACAUGUAAUGGACCUAGUUUCACACAAUGCACUUCAUGCCCAUCAGGAAAGAUUUUGUGGAACAAUAUAUGCAUUCCACCAACACCUCAUUCUAAUCCUUUAUUAACCCCAUAUAAAUUUGCAUUCAAGAUACGCUCACUUUUUAUCAUUAAAAAAUUAAAACUACUAGGGCACUUGCUCUCUAGAUAA